GUUACAACGUUGUGGUUCGGAUUCCUGCUGGUGCGACCAACAUCGAUAUAAAGCAGGUCAGCUACUCAGGAUUGCCAGAAGAUGAUAACUACCUUGCUCUGUCUGACAGUCAGUCCAACUUCCUCCUGAACGGGAACUUCGUGGUGUCCAUGUUUAAAAGGGAAAUCACCUUUAAGGGAGCGGAGAUCGAGUACAGCGGAUCUAACACCACGGUUGAGCGGAUCAACUGCACAGAGCGGAUCGAGCAGGAGCUCGUGCUGCAGGUUCUAUGCGUGGGAAACCUGUACAAUCCUGACGUCAGAUAUUCCUACAGUAUUCCCAUCGAGGAGCAGAGACAGCAGUUUGUGUGGGAUCUGUCAGGUCCCUGGCAGGAGUGCAGCCGCAUGUGUCAAGGUGAGCGGCGGCGGAAGGCUGUGUGUGUUCGUAAGAGUGAUCAUUUGGUGGUUUCGGAGCAAAGGUGUGAGAAUCUACCUCGACCCAGAGGCACAACGGAGCCCUGCAAUGCUGACUGUGAACUCAGGUGGCACGUGGCGGGGCGGAGUGACUGCUCCAGUAAGUGUGGCCCGGGUUACCGUACAUUAGAUGUUCUGUGCAUGCGCUACAGCCAGAACAAGAGGCCAAGUGAGCGCAUGGAGGCCAGAGUCUGUGCAGAGCUGCCCAAACCGCAGAUGCGUGAGGGAUGUCAUGGGGACUGUCUGCUCAAGAGCUGGCAGUACAGCGCCUGGUCUCAGUGUUCGAAGAGCUGUGGACAUGGUGUCCGGACGCGGCAGGCAUACUGUAUGAACAAUCUGGGUCGCAGGCUGGUGGAGAGAGAGUGUAGCGUGCAGCAGAGAGUCCUGAGCGAACCCUGCAAUGAUGUGCCCUGUCCCGACUGGAGCGCCAGUGAAUGGAGCGAGUGUCUGGUGACGUGCGGGAAGGGUGUCAGACACAGACAGGUGCUUUGCAUUCUGGGAGACGAGAAUCUGAAUGAACAGCGCUGCGACCCAAACACCAAACCCUCAGCAGUGGGCAGCUGUGAGCUUCCCGAAUGUGCGUCCUGGCAGGUCGGAGCCUGGAGUCCGUGCACAGUGAGCUGCGGACAAGGAUAUCAGAUGCGUGCGGUCAGGUGUGUGUCGGGAGCGUACGGCGAGACAGUGGACGACAGAGAUUGUAACGCAGCCGCCAGACCUCGAGACAGUCAGGACUGUGAGUUGUCAGCUUGUCCUCGCGCAGCAUCAGUGUUUAACACACCCAGACCAGCAGAAGUGGGUCAGAGACACACACAGUGGAGAUACGGCUCAUGGACCAGCUGCUCGGUUUCGUGCGGCGAGGGCCGACGCGAGCGAUACGUCAGCUGUAGAGACGCUCAAGGCGGCGUCGCUGAAGAGUCGUCCUGUGAUCAUCUUCCUCGUCCUCCAGACUCCUCUGUGUGUUUCAGUCCCUGCGGUCAGUGGAGGGAAGGAGAAUGGACACCAUGCUCUGUGUCGUGUGGUGUGGGUCGCUCCACGCGGCGGGUCGUGUGCAUGAACUAUCAUCAUCAGCUGGAUGAGUCGUUCUGUGACCCAGAUGAGCGUCCCAGUGCUGAGCAGGAGUGUGCGGCCGCCCCCUGCCAGUCCUCCUACCACUGGCCCAACAACCAGCCCCACUUCCCCUACGACCCCGGCAGCCACAGCUGGAACGUCCCGUCUGCAGACAACCAGUGGAGGACUGGGCCCUGGGGAGCUUGCUCCAGCUCGUGUGAAGGAGGGAUCCAGCGGCGGGUCGUGGUUUGUCAGGACGCAGACGGACGCAGCACCAGUCACUGUGAUGAGAGAGUCAAACCUGACGAAUCCAAGAGCUGUGAGUCUGGACCCUGUCCACACUGGAACCACGGCAUCUGGGGCCAGUGCUCACGCUCAUGCGGCGGCGGUCAGCGCACACGUCUGGUGGUCUGUCAGCGUCCCAACGGUCAGCGUUUAAACGAGCACAGCUGCGAUGUUCUGGACAAACCGGCCGAUGUGGAGCAGUGUAACGGCCAGCCCUGCGCCGCCGCCGCUUCAUGGCACAGACGAGCGUGGAAGCCGUGCUCGGUGUCCUGUGGGAAGGGAGUUAAAGAGCGGCAGAUCGUCUGUGUCGAUCAGAACCAAACACAGAUCCAGGAGCACAGCUGCGCUCAUCUCAUCCCACCCAGAACACAGAAGGCCUGUCGGGCCGGGCCCUGCCCCUCCUGGAGAGCCAAUCGCUGGAGAGAGUGUUCAGUGAGCUGUGGCGCUGGCCUUCAGUUGCGUGAGGUCUUCUGCAGGUCAAAGGGCAAAGGUCGCGUCUCUGAUGACCUGUGUGACGCACGAGUACGUCCAGAUCUCCUCCGCUCCUGCUUCCACAGCGACUGCCAGACGCACAGCUGGACAACACACGACUGGAAGGACUGUAACGUGAGCUGUGGCCGGGGCGUGAGGUCCAGAUCUGUGUUUUGUGUGGACGGAGGGAUGAAGGCGGCUCCGGACAGCAUGUGUGAUGCCUCUCUCAAACCCCACACACACGAGCCGUGUCACAGCGCCACCUGCCUGUACGUCUGGAUCAGCAGCGCAUGGAGUCAGUGCUCGGUGAGCUGUGGCUCUGGAGUCCAGCGGAGGGCGCUGCACUGCUCUGCCGUGACCUCUGACCUGCAGACGUACUCACACGCAUCUCCCUCCGACUGCAGCGAGAGACCGCCGGCCGACAGCAGACCGUGUGUCCAGUCUGAGUGUCCGUCUGCUGACCGCUGGAGCACCGGGCCGUGGAGCCAGUGCUCUCAGACGUGCGGCGCUGGAGUCAUGCACAGGACGGUCCGGUGUCUCAGCGCUCUAAACCUCUCGUCUCAGAGCUGUCCCCUGUCCAGCCGUCCAGAGACACACUCCACCUGCAGACAGACCGACUGUGAGCUGCACACCAGCUGUCGAGAAGUUCAGGUGAAGGGAGGCGUUCAGAAAGACGGAGAGCACUUCAUCAAAGUCCGAUCCAAGAUCCUGCAGAUCUACUGCGCAGAGAUGCACAGCGCCUUCCCCAAAGAGUACGUGUCCCUGCGCAGCGGCCAGACCGACAAUUACUCCGAGGUGUACGGAUACAGGCUGCAGAACCCGUUCGAGUGUCCGUUUAACGGCAGUCGGCGGCAGGACUGCGCCUGCAGGAACGAUUACACCGCGGCCGGUUACACCGUCUUCCAGCGCGUACGGCUGGAUCUGUCCAGCAUGAGCAUCAUCCCGACUGAUUUGAAGUUCAGUCAGACGUUGUUCGGUCGCUCCGUCCCGUUUGCGUCCGCAGGAGACUGCUACAGCGCCGCUAAAUGUCCUCAGGGUCAGUUUAGUAUAAAUCUCAGUGGAACAGGACUGAAGGUCACAGAAGCCACUAAAUGGGUUUCACAAGGCAACUACGUCACGCUCAAAGUCCACCGCUCAGAAGACGGUAGCAGGAUCUACGGCCGCUGCGGGGGCUUCUGUGGGAAGUGUCUUCCUCAUACGGGCCUUUUUGUCAAAAUCCAGUAAGAAAGACGUCCACUAAAUCAGCUGGAGGAACUGGUCCCGACUGAUUCACGUCUGGUUUUUACGUCUGGCAGCUACGCUAUACAGAACAAGUACGAAACGUCCCACUUCUGCACUUUCUGAAAGAUAUUGAACCAAAUAACUGUGAGUGUCUCCACGGAUCGGGACGGAUCGGGAUGCAGGAUUCGUUGGGUGAGAUGAUGAUAACACGGAUGUAGUCGCGUGUUCCCGUGAAAGUUCGUCGGUCAACGUUAAACGCUAGAUUCAUUCAUGACCAAAUUCGGUUUCAACAACAGCAUGUUUAAGGGGUUUUUUUUUAGUUUAGUUGUGUCAAACUGUCAGAUCCUUUGAGUUUUGACAGAAAGGGAUUCACUGAACAAUUUAAAAAGUGUUUUUAUAAUCCAAAAGAUCUGCUAUUUUGUUUUCACGAGGACACCAGUCAUUGAAUGUUUAACUUGUGUCUGCUUCAAAAGGGUUCGACAAUCUAGAAGAAGGUAGAAAACACUGAAAUCUCUUUACCCUGAGAUCGGUAAAAGUGUGAGCUUAAUGAAUAGAUGUCCUCAUCAACCAGAAGGGUUAAUAUAUAGCAUAUUUGAUACAUAUUUAAUAAUAUACUGACAUCAAUUAACGGUGCUAAAAAGAGUUCAUAAGAUGAUGUUCGCAUGUGCUUUUGCAUUUUACGCGGUUACUUAUCUAACUGAGACAGAAACAGUCCUGAAGAUCUGAGCCUAAAGUGGUUUAGGUGACCAAGAAAAGACCAGCUAACCUAAAAUUCAAUUCUUUUACAGAUUAAAUUCAACUAUAGUUGACACUGACGGUCAGUUUUUAUAAAGCAAAUACACUAGCAUUCAGAAAUUAGGUACCAUUUUUUAAUGAUUUCUUAAAAAGUCUCUUCUGCUCACCGAGGCUGCAUUUAUUUGAUCAAAAAUACACUAAAAAUUAAUAAAAUAUUCUGACUAUUUAAAAUGAUUGUUUCUGUGUGAAUAUAUUAACCUCAUGUAAUUUAUUCCUUUCAUGCAAUGCUGAAUUUUUACCAUCAUUACUCCAGCUAAAUUAAAUCGCGUGACACAAACUGAAUUAAAUGGACUAAAUUAAUGAAUUUAAAGUCAGAUGAAUUAAUCCAGACAUGCGUCCUCACAUCAGUUUUAUUAGAAGGGAAUAAUAAACUAGAUCAGAUUAAAACUGCAUAACCCUACCUCUCAUAAUCAUAACCACUGUGUUGUGCAUUAUUUAUGUUUGACAGUAUUUAUUCUGUAACUACAUGUACAUACGUCUCAUCUAAUGGUAAUAUUAUUAAACACUGACCAUUUAUUAGUCAUUAACCAGAGGUUUACAGGUGCUGUUUUAACUACUGAACGAGUUUUAACCAGUACUAGACUCAGUUUUAGAGAGAUUGUGUAAAUAGCUGGAGAAUAUUUCAAGCAUAGUACAAAUCAUCACUUUUUUCGCUUUCAACCAAAGUCUGUUUAAUGUGUGUGAAUGUAGAUAAUACGAGCUGUUUUAGGGUAACAUGGUGUUGGAAGAGGUCUGACUCAGAAAUGAAAGCACUGUAUGAUGCACUGUGUGCCACAUUUACACACACACCUCUGCUCGGUCAGACGUCUCUGAAGUGUGUCAGACUCCUUCCCAAAGAUGAUCGCUCCUCUUCAGAACAGCAUCCUGUGGUUUGUGAUGAAAUCUUUGGUGCUACCAUACUGUACAAAUGCAAUGUAAAUGAGAUUUUAAGCACUGUACUAAUGCUGAUCGUCAUAA